AAAUUCACAGUCUAAACAAAAAAAGUGUCGUAACCUGUCCCCUAUAGGCAAUAGGAAACCUCACCUCUCUGGCUCUCACUUUCCGACAAACAAAGGGCAGAGGGCAGAGGGCAGAGGGCAGAGUAUCUGUCAUAUUUUCUCAGUGCUUGAAUAAUAAUGGCGUCAAAAGACAAGAAAACAGUAAGAUCUACAAGCGGUGGAAGUCGUCCUGCUGGUGGCUUUCGUACUCUUGCUGAUUUGAAUCGUCGCUCAACCCCUGAUUCUGAUAGUGACUCUGAUAAUGCCCCUCAAGAGGAUUACACUGGUGGUGAGAAAAGUGGAAUGCUGGUCCAAGACCCUUCCAGGGGGAAUCAUGUGGAUGAGAUUUUCAAUCAAGCGAGGCAACUGGGUGCUGUUGAAGAGCCGUUUGACAACUCUCAGCCAUCUAGCUCGAGAAGCUUCCAUGGUACUGCUAGAACACUCGCUUCAGUGCAGGCAGUAGCAGCAGCCUCUCAGCAACCUGAAGCAGUUGUCCACAACAUUACGUUCUGGCAGAAUGGAUUCACCGUCAAUGAUGGUCCACUUAGGAGGUUGGAUGACCCUGAUAAUGCAUCAUUUUUAGAGAGUAUCAAAAAAUCCGAGUGCCCGAAAGAACUUGAACCUGCUGAUCGGAGGUCUUCUGUGCAUGUAAACCUUACAAGAAAGCAUAAUCUGUAUACUGAACCCGAGAAACCCAAAGUUCCUUUUCAAGGUGUUGGAAGAACUCUUGGUAGCAGUAGUUCUUCUGGAGUAUCCGAGGAAUCUGCACCUGCUCCGUUGACUAUAGCCCGAGCCCGAGCCCCAUCUGCCGGCUUGGUUGUCGAUCAGAACCAACCAUCAACUCCCAUUCAGCUCAGGUUAACAGAUGGGACUCGCUUGGUGGCCCAUUUUAACUACCAUCACACCAUUAGUGAUAUUCGUAACUUCAUUGAUGCCUCCCAGCCAGGCGGAAGCAGAACAUACCAUCUUCAGACUGUCGGUUUUCCUCCCAAGCCACUCAAUGAUCUGAAUCAGACAAUAGAACAAGCUGGCCUUGCUAAUUCAGUAAUCAUACAGAAACUAUAGCCUAAAAAAGCAGUGGAUCUUCUGUUCGGGAUGAAAACUUGCAAAAUCGACCCCAUAUUAUGCUAUGCACAGACUAUGCAGUAUGCAUGAUGAACGUCCCUGGCUUUUGUGCGCGUUUAUGAAUCUGGGUGAAUUGUUGAAUCAUGUAUCAGAGGUAAGCCGAGUAUUGUGGCGUAGACCCAAGUAUAUGGUUUUAGUGACAGUAUAGAGCUGGUAACCAUCUAUAGUUUUUCACAUCUCUUGCUAUUUUCUAGUUUCCCAAAUGAAAGGGGACACAUUCCCAUAUGUAAGUGUAAAAAUUGUGAUGUAACACUCCCACCCUGCUGGAACCUUUUAUGUAGAGAAACUGGAUGCCUAUUAUUGUUAUAUAUUGCCAUACAUCAAACUCCUCUACAA